AUGAAGAUUUACUACAUAGGGAUCUUGAGAAACUCGGCAGGCAAGACGUUGGAGUUGGCCUCCGCACGUGACUUGUCCCAGUUCUCGUUCUUCGAAAGAACUGGAGUGUCCCAGUUCAUGACCUUCUUCUCCGAAACAGUGGCCCAGAGAACUCCCGCUGGCCAGAGACAGUCGAUCGAGGAAGGCAACUACGUGGGCCACACCUACGCCAGAUCCGAGGGCUUGGCGUGCGUGGUCAUCACCGAUAAAGAGUACCCAGUGCGUCCAGCAUACACCUUGAUCAACAAGAUCUUGGAAGAAUACUUGUCGUUGCACCCCUCGUCCGAGUGGAGCGGGGUGACUGCCACCAGUCCCUCGUUGGCGUUCGACAACUUGGAGCAGUACUUGAAGAAAUACCAGGACCCCAGCCAGGCUGACUCCAUCAUGAAAGUCCAACAAGAAUUAGACGAAACCAAGAUCGUGUUGCACAAGACCAUCGAAAGCGUAUUGCAGAGAGGCGAGAAGUUAGACUCGUUGGUCGAUAAGUCGGAAGCAUUGUCCAGCUCGUCCAGAAUGUUCUACAAACAAGCCAAGAAGACGAAUUCUUGUUGUGUUCUUAUGUAA